UCACCUGCCAAUACCCUGAAAAUUAUGCUUAUUCUGAUGGCCUACAACACGCCAACAUUUUUACACAUAUUCAAUAUAUAUAUAUAAUGUUCAUAUAAAUACUACUACUAUGGUUUCCUUUUCACAUUCCCUAGGCCUUUUUGUCUAUCUCUUCCAACAGAGAAUUAUUUGACAGCUAAGCCUCUUUUCUCAUUCUCUAAAACAAUUUCUCGUAUCUCUUCUUUCGAUCUACACAUAAUUGCUUAACAUACAAAGAAAUGAAGAAGUUUGUACUCAAGUUAGAUUUGCAUGAUGACAAGGACAAGCAGAAGGCCCUGAAAACAGUCUCAACUCUUUCAGGGAUUGAUGCAAUCUCCAUGGAUAUGAAAGAGAAGAAGUUAACAGUGAUAGGAACAGUAGAUCCAGUAAAUGUGGUGAGCAAAUUGCGCAAAUACUGGCAGACAGAUAUAGUAGCAGUAGGACCAGCCAAGGAGCCUGAGAAGAAAGAGGAGCCUAAGAAAGAAGCCAAAGAGGAGGGAGAAAAGAAAGAGGAGCAAAAGAAGGAAGAGGGUAAGAAGGAAGAAGCAAAGAAAGAAGAGAAGAAGGAAGGGAAGAAGGAUGAGGAGAAGAAGAAAGAGCCAGCCCCAGAUCCUGUUUUGGAGCUUGUUAAGGCUUAUAGGGCUUAUAAUCCUCACAUGACCACACAUUACUAUGUUCAAAGCAUGGAAGAGAAUCCCAAUGCUUGUGUCAUUUGUUAAAUAGCAAGUGUCCAAACAAUAGGGAAAAACAAACUUUGCUCAACAUGGUAAUGGAUUCAAUUCUCUUUCACUCUCAUAUUAUGCCACAGCCAAGAAAAUAAUAGCUCCUUGUAUAUAAUAUGGUCAUGCCUGGUUGAGACUGUUAUUGAUGUGUAGGGAGAAGGAAUAAAAUUUUGGGGAAAUUGUUUUGGACACAAAUGUAGUUUUACACUCUUGUUCCUGUAAUAGUUGUUAUCUGAAUGUAUGUAUCAACUACUAGAAUAAGUAAUCUGUUUGAUUCA